AUGCCGCGCAUGCGGGUGCAGACCUGCCCACAAUCGUUCUUCAUGUUCAUUUCCGUUUGCGCAACCGGCAGCGGGGCCGGGAAAGGUGGUAUUAGGGCAUCCCUUUCCAGCCCAGCUCUUCCCAGCCCGUUGUUUGGAUACAGGCUUUGCCAGCGGACAUUGCGCGGCCCGUCGAAUAAGGUGUGGGCAACGACUGGAAACGACCCACGACGCGCGCGCAAAUGUGGCAAUUUGUCGCGAGGGCCACUUUCCAUCAGGGCGUCGCUGAGCUUGAGCAUGAGCAAACGCGGGGCGCCGGGGAGGUACAGGCACGCAUAUAGGCGAGGGGGAUGGCCACUGACAAGGCCCCCACUUUCUCUAAUGGACAACGCCACGAAUUCGUAUGCGCCGGCAGGCGAUGCCUCCAACGCUCUUGUCGAGAAGUCCUUCCUGGAUGGGUACGCGCUGGGAGCUGUAAGCUACGGCAUUCUUGUCAUCCUGACCUGGCAAACCCUGUACUCGUUCCUCAGUCUCCCGCGCACCAGAAUGCCGUGGGGCCUUGUCAGCUGCGCAUGUGGCAUCUUCACAUUGGCAACAAUCGGCUUUGGGAGCGCUACCAAGAUCAACGAGGAGGCGUUUAUUGAUGACCGCGCAGCGCCGGGCGGCCCGAGCGGCUUCGAAGUCAGUUCGUUUGCCUCGGGGGUGAAUAUGAUGGGGGUUAUCGCGUAUGUCGUGCUGAGCUGGCUCGCAGACGGUUUGGUGCUGUGGCGCUUCUGGCUCAUCUGGGGAUCCAACUACACAUACGCUGUCUUCCCAGCGCUGAUGCUUCUGGGCUCGAUAGUGUCCUCCCUCGCGCUCAUCGUCGCCUCUUUUCAACUCGCCGACUCCUUCUGGGCAGCACGCUCCGUCCAAUUCGGCACUGCCUACUGGUCACUCUCCAUUGCGCUCAACGUUCUCCUCACGCUGCUCAUCACCGGCCGCAUCCUACUCAUCCGCCGCCGCAUCAAGCGCUCGCUCGGCCCACGCGGGCAAUCGCGCUCGCUCGCCAAGUCGCGCGAGCGAGGGACCCCUCUAAUAUACCUCGCUGGCUCGCGCACGGACCUCAACAAAGUCACGAGAUAA